AUGAUGUUACAGGCAGUGACAGGACUACUAUAACGUACGCUAUAUUGGAGGUCCUUACCUAUCAGACUUGCUUUCUCCUGGAUAGCAAGCACUGCAAUGGCGGAUUACGAUAACUACGAUGACCGGGAUCGGGCUUAUGGUAGCUUUGGCGGCGGAAGAGGACCCCGGGGUGGUGGUGGACCAGGAGGCCCCCGCAAGCAGAAGGAGCUCCCCACAGAGCCGCCCUACACCGCCUACGUGGGCAACCUCCCCUUCAACACCGUGCAGGGCGACAUCGACGCCAUCUUCAAAGACCUCAGCGUCAGGAGCGUGCGGCUUGUCCGCGACAAAGAGACAGACAAAUUCAAAGGUUUUUGUUAUGUAGAGUUUGACGACUUGGAAUCCCUCAAAGAAGCUUUGACGUAUGAUGGUGCACUUCUGGGAGAUCGGUCACUGCGGGUGGACAUCGCCGAGGGCCGAAAGCAAGAACGGGGAGCCGGAGGCUUUGGCUUCCGAAAAGAUGACAGAGGCCGUGGAGGCGCACGCGGUGGUCCCAGAGGAGGGGGACGCGAUUCCCGGGACGACUACGAAGGAGGAGGAGGAGGAGGAGGAGGAGGCUUUAGAGAGGAUGACUUCAUGGGUGGGAGGAGUCGAGGUGGCGGACGCCCAGGGGACCGGAGAGGGGGCGGAGCUGGUGGUGGCGCUGGCGGCCCUGGCAUGGGGCGCUUCAGGGAUGGACCUCCCCGAGGGGGCCCGACGGACUUCAGAGAACCCUCUGAUGAGGAAAGAGCACAAAGGCCAAGGCUACAGUUGAAGCCGCGCACGGUCAGCGAACCACUAAACCAAGUGGCCAAUCCCAACUCGGCCAUAUUCGGCGGCGCCAAGCCGCGGGAGGAGAACUAAUGUAUCCAUGUGGCUGCGUUAUUCCGGAAGGCUAGACUGGAUCUACGGGCUUGGUUCACCAAAAAUCUUUCAAAGACGUCUUCCCAAAGAAAACAGAAAAUGCUGGCGGGGCAGCGGGGUGCUGGGCUUCUCUCUCUCAUCCCUGAAUGCCAACGCGAGCAAAAACAAAAUAAUCAAUUAAAAUAAACCAGGCCUGACCCGAUUGGCUAUGGAGACGUUGGACCGAGGGAUAUUGGGAAACUGAGUCCCAGGUUUAUCUUCACCCUGCAUGCCCCUUCUUUGGGAAACUCCUCCUCUCGCCAGACCUUAACUAAACUCAGAAGACAGUGGCUGCAAUGUCCUUCUGUUGCCUUUGGGUAAGGACUGUAUCAAGUGUAAUGUGUUUCUUUCUUUCCCAAGGCAUUGUUUUUUGUGCAUGGUUUAAAAAGAGAAAAAAAAAGGCGCAAAGUCUGUUUGCGUAGUUCAUAGACACUCGGUCAAAGUUGUGUCUCUUUAAACGUUGAACUACAUUUCUUCUAUUUGUGAAAUGAACAGUUUUCCCUCUUAAUCAUUUCCCACUGUCUGAACAGUUAAAUAAUUUUCAAAUCAGAAGAAAAAUCUGAGCCUGAAUCAUUUUGUUGCUUUGUGUAAUUUCUGGCGUAACUUCUUGAAAGAUUUUUUGACCUAAGUCUGUUAAAUACCAGCAGAAAAAUGCUUUCUGUAAUAACUCCACACACACACACACACACUCACACACACCCACACACCCAGCCCUUCCCUUUCCUAAAUAGGAGCAACAUGAAUGCACCCUAGGUUUGACAUGGCCGCACCACGGGCUAAAAGCUACGUCUUUGUCGACCAACAUUCAACUUCCACGGCUUGAUGGUUAUGUACUUAAUAAUUCAAAACAGUGAAAUAAUAAAUGGCGCUCACUUAACAGUCAAACGCUUUAUACAUAGGAAGCUUGUUGAACAAAGAUCAACCGCUCUCACAUGUCAAACUAAGGUGACAGGCGCUUUGUCUGUCCAAUAGAAGAUUAGCUUAGAAAUCUCUCGGGAUACCCAUGUGCCGCAACCAUUUUAUUUACAUUUUAUUGGACAUGAGAUGGAGAAAGUGACACCCUUUUCUUACUGUAUUAUAGAAAGAACAGCUGUUUUUAUUCUUUCUUUUGUGUUGUUGUUUUCAUGAUUUCCUACACUGUUAAUGGCAAUAAAAUGUAUCAUCUUA